AUUUAAAGAUUGACACAACUCUUUGUUUUGAUUAUUUAAUUGACGAACCACUGCCGUCGCUUUUCUUCACUGCUGACGUCAAGUGCACUGGGGCGAAGAAGUGCACUUUUGAAAAUCUGACAAAAGCCAUCGUGUAAUAUAAGUGUGAUGCGAAUUUGUUGAUGGUGUUAUUGGACUGGUAGAAGUUCCCCCUGGAGUGAACAGUUCUGCUUUUAUAUAUCAUCUCCCUGCAUAGUAAAUAGAUGAGAUGGAGAGAAAGGGUCCUGGGAGUUAAUGUGAAGGAAGAUAAAAUGUAGGAAAACAUUGUGUUUCUAUUGCCAAAACAGGUAAGCUGAAGCCAUGGCUCAGCAGUUCCACUCCUACGAUGACCUGAUCAGGCAGGUGGAGUCCCUGAAGAUCGAGAACACCAACCUGAAGCGAGAACUAGAGGACAACUCCAGUCAUCUCACCCAGCUGGAGAGCGAGGCCUGCAGCAUGAAAGAUGUCCUGUCUCAUCUCAGUACAGUUAUGACUGAUGAGGAGGGAGAGGAAGGGGAGGAAGAACAGCCUGCAGGACACAAGGGGGAGGCACUACUCAAUAUAGGCUUGUCACCUUUCUUGGGGACCGUGGAUCAGAAUUCCAACCAUGAUGAUAACAGCUCAGAGGAGAACAACGCUGCAGCCCCUUUCCUACCCCAAGAUGAUGUCAGCUUGAGCUCACACUCUACUGGUAGUGGAGGGCACAAGUCACAGAACAGUUCCCCCAGUGGUAGCCCCUCUAAGAGACACAGUGGCAGCCUUGAUAGGGAAAACUACAACUACAUCCAAGAUUUAGACAGAGAGAGAAACAACAUUUUAAAGGAUAUUGAAUCUGAGGAGAAACACAGGCAGUGGUACUAUGAACAACUUGAGGAUCUCAACAAUAAACUGAAAAACCUCCCCUUUACAGAAGAGUAUAAUCUGCAGGCUGAUAUGACCCGCAGACAGCUGGAGUACGAGCUGAAGCGGCUUCAGCUGGCCAUGGAACGCCAUCUUGGGCCCACAGAUCAGGCCUCCACUCGCCAUGAAGCUCGCCUUCAGAGAAUCCGUAUGAUUGAGGCAGAAAUGUUACGUCUUCAGAAGAAACACAGGGCACAGAUACAGCAUGAGAAGGAGAAACGCGACUCUGGAAGCUGUGACCACAACGAACGUGAGCAGGAUGGGAUUGUGGUUAUGGACGCAGCCACAAACACUUUUAAUGCACAGGGUUUAGCACCUCGGACAGUUCCAGAUCGCAGAGCCCAGCCAUACUUUGAUGCCUCUCUGGCCGUUGGUUUUGGUGCCACUAAUGGAUUUGAUGCCCAUUUGAAUGACCUGGCCAAUAACCAUAACUUGUCUUUGAUGUACCAUGGGUCCUGGCCUAUAAGUCAAGGUGCUUCGGGUUUGGGACCUUUUGGGAACCAGGAAACUGCCAGCGUGAUGAGUUUCAACUCCAGCAAUGCAUCAUCUGGGUCUCGUAGGGGGCCUGCUGUUGCUGUGACCAAUCAACAAUUAGGGACAAAGAGGAAACGGUGGCUACAAAAUCUGAAUAUCCCACCCUCGCCUACUUUUUUCCGUGAAGUAGAUAAACCUAGUAACUUACAGGUGGAGAUGGUCUAUUCUCUGCUGUCUAUGCUGGGGACACAUGACAAAGAUGACAUGAGCAGGACAUUGCUGGCUAUGUCCAGUUCUCCAGACAGCUGUAUAGCCAUGAGGCAGUCAGGUUGCCUUCCACUGUUAGUCUCCCUACUCCAUGGCAGUGAUAAGGAUGCGGGGUUGCUAGGCAACACCAGGGGCAGCAAGGCGGCCAGGGCAAGAGCUGCUGCAGCCCUACACAACAUUGUUCACUCACAUCCAGAUGAUAAAAGAGGGCGCCGGGAGGCCAGGGUGCUACGCUUGCUGGAACAGAUCCGAGCUCACUGUGAUCAGCUGCGGGGAGAUUCGGAAGAGGAAGAGAAAGGUCAGAAGACUAAAGUGAAUGGUGGAGGUGCUCGUCCAUCAGACUUUGACCACCAUCCUGGCCCUGCCAUAGCAGCUUUGAUGAAGCUCUCUUUUGAUGAAGAACACAGACAUGCCAUAUGUACACUUGGUGGCCUUCAAGCCAUUGCAGAACUCUUACAAGUGGAUCAUGAAACGCAUGGCAACACAACAGACCAGUACAGUAUUACCAUGCGCCGUUACGCAUGCAUGGCUCUCACAAAUCUCACGUUUGGUGACGGAACAAACAAGGCAUUGUUGUGUUCCAUGAAAUCAUGUCUCCAAGCCUUGGUCUAUCAACUGGAAUCUCAAAAUGAAGACUUGGCACAGGUUGCUGCUAGUGUUCUGAGGAAUCUGUCCUGGAGAGCAGACUUACAAAGUAAAAAACACCUCCGUGAGGUUGGGAGUGUGACUGUCCUCACAAAAGCUGCCUUGAGGGUGAAAAAAGAAUCUACUUUAAAAAGCAUUCUGAGUGCAUUAUGGAAUUUAUCGGCACACUGCAGUGAAAACAAGGCUGAUAUUUGCCAAGUGGAAAACGCAUUGGCUUUUUUAGUCAGUACUCUAACUUACAAAAGUCCCUCUAAGACACUUUCAAUUAUUGAAAACGGAGGUGGCAUUUUACGAAAUGUCUCAAGUCACAUAGCUGUGAGAGAGGACUACAGACAGGUGCUGCGUGAUCACAACUGUCUUCAGAUAUUGUUAAAACACUUACGAUCUCCUAGUUUGACAAUCGUCAGUAACGCCUGUGGCACGCUAUGGAAUAUCUCUGCACGGAACACCAAGGACCAGCAAGGUCUGUGGGACAUGGGUGCUGUGAACAUGCUGAGGAACUUGGUGCACUCCAAACACAAAAUGAUUUCAAUGGGAAGUGCUGCCGCCUUGAAAAACUUGCUUUCUGCAAAACCCUCUGUGUCUAACAUGGAUGAUGACAGUAAACAAAAAACCAACAUGCCUACUUUGCAGAUUCGAAAGCAACGGGCCUUGGAGGCGGAACUGGAUCAGGCAUUAGCUGAAACUUGUGACAAUCUUGACAGCCCGCAACGAAGCCCUACGGAAACUAGAAAACAACGAGAACAGAACGGGCCCAAAUAUCUCUACACAGGAGAUGGCUGUGGCUUGCAACAAACUAAUGACUCGGACAGCCGCGGCAGGCUUAAGAACUAUGUGCAACCCAGGGGCAGCACUGACGCCUCUACUCUCAUGGAGGGCAAAUAUCACGUGACAUCACACAGAGAAGUGACUCAUUCUGGGAGCAAUGACAGUGUAGGUGGUGGACAAAAUGAUCCGCUGCCUCCCCAUGAACAGUCUCGUGUUCAGAAUAUGUUGACUAAAAGCACAAAACUGGUAAAUGAGAGACAACAACAUCAGCAUCAGCAACACCAGAUUUUGAAUGCAAUGUCACCAAAGAGAGAUCCUGGGUUGCUUCACAAUAUGCAUAAUUUACAGCAAGUGCAACAACAGCCCCAUGCAGACAGCAGGGAUGGGGGUGCACCUGGUGGGAUCCCACCCAACAGUCGCAUCAUGCAGGUAAUGCAAGAGGUUGCCCAGGCUGCUGGACUACCUGGAGGGAAGGACCCCCCGAACCAGCAGCAUCAGCAGCCAUCUCAACCCACUCAAAACAGCUGGCCAAACUCUGCAGCAUCAUCCUCUACAGGGGGUCAUGUCAGUCGGUUGCCUGUUUACACACAGGGCAGUGCCCAUCGCCACAGACCAGAUGGUUCUUCAACCAAUCCCCAUGGAGUGACUAAUGGACCUGUUGAUGGUAAGAAGCUGCACCCUGACAAACACAAUCAGCUUGCCAACAGUGUCAACCUGUAUGAUGGAGGUCCCAGUCAUGACCAGGCCAUCAACUACAGUUUAAAAUACUCUGAGGCUAGUUUAAUGAACAGUCAUCCCAGGCCACAAUUGCCACACCAUCAUCAACAUCCUCAUCAUCAUCCACAGGCCCCAGUAAUGUAUGGGAGGCCCCCUGUGCCAAAAGUUGGGAACUAUGUGGCAGUUUCCUCACCAUAUGCUCAAAGAAAGCCUAACAUUAUUUACAAUGCCAUACGCCCACCCACAGCUGCCAGGCAGCGGUAUGAUAACAACAAGCCAGACAGUGGCGCACCCUAUCCUCCUGGCAGUUACACAGGUUAUGCUGAAACAGAUCUGGAUAAUGACCAGCCAACAAAUUUCAGUCUUCGUUUCCCAGAGGCACAGGAGGAGCAGCCCACUAACUAUGCCGCACAGGACAGUAUGCUGAAGGGGGAAAUCCAGCUUGCUGGAGGUCACAGGCCCAUUCGUGGGGGGUCAGGGGGAAAUGCUUACAUGGAGGAUAACUUACCUGGAAUGCACGAUGACGAAGUCACUACCUUUUACACAGAAGGCACACCACUGAAUUUCCUCUCGACGGCCACUUCUAUGAAUGACUUGACUGGGAGGGUGGCCCACUUGGAUCUAAACAACCAGAGUGCGCCACAAGAGUCUCUGUCAGAACAUGCCUCUGAUGAAGCUAAAAACUUUGCUGCUAAGUACUCAGAAUCUGAGCAUCUAAGCGGCUCUGGCACUGCCAGCAGUGAACACAGGACUGGGUCCACAGUAGUAAGUGCAAUGCAGGAUACUGCUCCAAAGCAGAAAAGUCCAGAGGAUGAAGUAAAAGAGCACCAGUAUGAGUCCUUCUAUAAUGACGAUGCACAUAAUCCACAUAGUCCUCUGGAGAAGACGAGACAAUUUUGUGUGGAAGACACACCUACCUGCUUCUCCAGGGUCAGUUCUCUGAGCAGUUUGAAUAGCAACGACGCUGAAAAAGAUCACCGAGAUGUUCACCAGCUGCAUGAACAGCAGGGGGCACCACUUAACACAAUUCACGAAGUGCAGCCACCCACACUUGAUGAGCAAGGGAAAUUCCCGCAGCAGAAUUAUAGAGUUCAACAACAGCACCAUCAGCAACAACAUCAUUUACAACUUCAACAACAACAGCAACAACAUCAUCAGUCUAGAGAAGUGGGAGGUGGUGCAGAGAGUGCAAACACGUCCUUGGCUUCGGAGAGAGCAAAAAGUGUUACCUUUGAUGAUAACAACCAAGUACAGGAGACUCCUCUGAUGUUUUCAAGGUGCAGUUCUCUUGGUUCUUUAGACAGUUUUGAUGUCCACUCAGUACACAGUUCAGUAAUGAGUGAUUACAGUAGGCGUGCCAGUGAAGUGGUCUCUCCCAGUGAUCUGCCAGACUCUCCCAGUGAAACCAUGCCACCAACACCAAGAAGGAGCGAGUCACCUGCAAAAUUCAAUAACAAUGACACCAAGGAUUUAAAGGGCAGAAAUGGUCACGCCAGACCCCCCAAGGCCACCCUUCCUAAUCUUCCAGAAGAGAAAGACGAUUCUUCCUCCACUGUUAGUACUCCAAAGGUUUUCACUGAUGCUCCAAUAUCCUAUGCUACUGAGGGGUCACCAAACAACUUCUCCACUACUAGUAGCUUAAGUGCAUUGACAUUUGAGGAUGAGCCAAAGAUCAGGAAAGAUCCCGAUUUAAGAAAUAAAAGGUUUGAUAUUGAAGUAGCUCCAAGACAACCAGUGAAUGUUCAGCCACAGCAGCGUCAGGUACAGCAACUGCAAACGCAGCAAAAUCACCAAAGACAACUUCAGCAGCAACAGUAUCAGCAGCAGCAAACUGCAAAAGAACAAGAGAGUUUGCAGAGACAACAGUCUCAAAAUGAGGAAGAAAAAAGUGACAAAGUCCCAGAGAAUCCUGCAAAACUUUUGGCAGACAAUGUGCCAGAUGGGAAAGAGGACGAUGGGAACUCUUCUGUAUCAGAAGGAGAGGAAGAUUUACUUUUGCAAUGUAUUACGUCUGCUAUGCCUAACAAUUCCAAGAAAAAGAUGAAGAAAAGCAGCUCUGAUAAUGCAAUCAAGCACAAUAAGGCAGUGCUCACCAAACGCAACAAUAUUCAGUUGCCAGUGAAGAGCAAAAACACCACUGCUCCUCCCAAGUCUAACAACCCUAUGUCAGUUAGUGCAGAGGGUAUUCCACCUGCUUCAGCAGUGAAUGUUCCACGUUCUGGCACCGUGCCAAUGAUGGGUCACAUGUCCUCAGACUACAGUCAGGACACGGUCCAGUGCUAUGCCACAGAAGGAACUCCACUCAACUUCUCUAAUGCAGGCUCCUUGAGCGACCUCAGUGUGAUGUCUGAGAUGAUUACGAAGGAAAAGAAGAAAAUCAAAGUACAGCAGAAACCAGGGGCUCAGACACAGAAGAAUAUAGAGCGUGUAUCAAAUGAUGAACCUCUUCCACCUCCCCAAAACCCAGAUGGACAAGAACAAGAGGCCCAGUCUGACACAAGCUCAUUAUGCGAAGAUGGUGAAGAGCUUCUUUCUAGCAUGAUCCAGGCUGCUAUGCCAAAGAGCAAUAAGCCAUCAAAGAAAAGCAAAAAUAGUAAGGAGGAGAGGGGUGUAGAUGGUUCUGACAGCAAAAGUGGUAAUGACCAAAAGCACACUACUUCCAAACUUCCAACAAGAAAUGACAGAUCCAGUAAUGUAGCUCAGUACCCAACAAGUGUACCCAACCUAAAUACAGGAAAUAUACUUCCAUUUCAACCAAUGAGGACAUCUUCAGAAAACUCAGCUCACCAUUUUAGUGCUGAUCAAACAAAGAUGUUCAUGACUGAAGGGACACCAUUGAAUUUCUCCACGGCCACUUCUCUGAGUGACCUGACAUAUGAUGAUAUGAUGGAUGAAUCCAGGAAACCCUUGAAUAGUGAUUCAUAUAGGAGAGAGGAUGUGACAGACCCAAUGGUAAAUAACAGAAAUAUACCCACUUUGAUGGCAACAGGACACGAGGAUGAUGCAGUGUUUGCCCAGAGUGCCUCGUAUGACUCACCCAGGCCUUUUGGAGUGGAAGGCACUCCACUUUCGUUUUCGAGGAAUGACUCCCUGAGUUCUUUGAGUUGUGAUGAAGAUGUGGAUUUAGCACAUGAUAAGUCACAGUUGAGGAAUGAAAGAGUUUCCCAUCUACAGAAUCACUACAGAUCCAGUAGGGGGAUUCCUACUCCAAGAGGCAGGGGGAUACCACAACCCAGGUCUGCAUCGCACAGUCCUAGGAGGGGACCCAUUGGAAAUGCCCCAACCUCUGUGAACACCCAGUCACCUAGAUCGUACUAUAACAAACCUCCCAUUCAGUCAAAGAUUCCAGGUCAAAUUGCUGGUCCCAAUAUUAACAAAGAUUGGAGCAGAAACAGCAGCAGAAGAUCUUCUCAAGGCGACCAGGUCAUGACCUUCGCCGUGGAGGGAACUCCAAUGUGUUUCUCCAGGAAUUCUUCUCUCAGUUCCCUGUAUAGUGAUGACCAGGAAAGUAAGGUGGAUGACCUCAUUGAUAAGUCUAAUAAGGAACAUGGUGCUGAAAAAAAAGUUGAGGAUUUAGAGGAAAAUGCCAAAGAUAUGGAGUCCUCAUUCAAGGUGGAGGAUACCCCAAUGUGUUUUUCUCGUAACAGCUCCCUUAGCUCUCUCAGUGUGGAGUCCCUCACUGACCAGGCUCUGUUAGACCAGUGUAUCAGCUCAGCCAUGCCCACAAAGAAAUCCAGCUCUAAGUCCAGUGAUAAUAAGUCCAGUGCUGCCAAGCCACAAAGGGCCAGUCCCAGUGGGUCCAGUGCUCCUAGUAGUAAGAAAGCAUCACCUACUGAUGGGAAAGCAAAGAAAAUUGAAAGAAAGGAAGAAAAAAAGGAAAGUGAUAAAGGCCCUAAAAAGGAGGUAGUGAAUACAAUUAGACAUACUGACAAUCGGGUUGAACAGGAACCGUCCCAUUUCCCAGUUCUGGAAGGGGUUGGAGCUGUUGGUGGAGCACCCAGUGACUUGGGAGAAAACAGCAACAACAAUAAUAACAAUAAUGCCAGUAGAGCUAACACAUGGCGCAAAGCACCUCACAAAUCCAGCGAUGAGAUGAAGCCAAAAAAGUCCAGCUCCCAAAAUGACAUACAACCUCCACCACCAUCAAGAUUUGGUUGGAGGAGAACCCGCUCUCAGGACAGUGAUGGAUUUAGUAGCCAAAAGAAAGAAAAGGAGUACUCCAAUAUGGUGCAGUCGCUGACAUCUGUAGAUGAACUUACGAUGAAAUCUAGGGAUUUGAGUCUCAAUGAGUCAUCUCUUAGCAGCUCGACCGUGUCUGGAGAAACAGUAGCCCUGAAUGAAAACCGUCAGAACGAUUUUUUAGACAAUCGCGACCUUGAGGAAAAUAUGAGUAAAAGUCAGACUGAUUUAGAAGAGAGGGAAAACAAAUAUAAAUUUGUAGAGGACGAAUGUGGGACUGUUUUCGAGGCAACAGGUGAGACUGUAUGCCUGGACAACAGGCCUGUGGAUAAUAGGGAGAUGGAAGAAAGGAUGAGCAAGGCCUCAAGGUUGCAACCGCCAUGUUAUGUGAGACUUGAAAGCACCAGUAGCCAAGCAUCGUGUGAAAGUGAAGAGAAACUGGACAGUACAAAAUCUGGACACAUGGGACUGGACACAGAGGAGAUAGAUCCAGACACUUAUGAAAUAGAGAUCACAGAAGUAGACUCCGAAGAAAUCAACUUGGACACCACAAGUGAGAGCAGAUCAGAGAUUUGCACAGAAGAAGAUGCCUUUGAAGCCACCUUGGAAACAAUGGAUGAUAUUGAAAUUAUUGACAUUGAUGCCAGUCCUUAUGAUAUUGACAAAUAUGAUGAGCCAGGCACGUACCCUACUAGUUACCACAGAGAGGGACAGGCUGAGGAUACUUUCAGUAAUGAUCUGAUUGAAGAAGCUGAGAAUGUCAUCAAUGGAAAUGAAAACUACAAUAGAAUCAGUGGAGAUUUUACGGACAGCAACUUAUCUGGAGAAACUGUUAAAGAAGCUGAACAAACUCUACCUGCCAGCGAAAUAUCUCCAGAAGAGGAGAAAAUUCUUGAAGAAAAUGCCAACAUAAUUUUAUCAGAACUCUCUUUUGUCAGGGACACUACCAGUAGCAUGAUGACCAGCAGCACAGUGGAUGAAGAUAUGUUUAUUGAAAAUGAAACCAUAUCUUUGGUCUCCAAUGAUGUGGCCUCUGAUACAGCCUCAGAAGUCUCAGCCAGUCUCUCGGGCUCUGAACACAUGAGUGACCGCACCACCACAAACUCCCAAUCUUCCUCCCAACAGGGUGCUGCAGCCAUGCAAAGAAAACCUAGAAUAGUUAAACCUGGUAGUAAGGAGUCUGUUUUAGCACAGAGAGAGAAAGAAAAGGAAGAAGAGGUGAAAGGGGUGAGAGGGAAAAGAAAGCCCUUGUAUAGUAAGAGUGUAGUUGCAUCUCCGAGGGUGUCGAGUACUACUGGUACUGGACAAGCAGGAAAGAAGGUUGCUCCACCUCCACCACCAAGGGUUAUCACUGCUGGUAGAACGGCAACAACAGGUAAAACAGCAGACGCCAUUGACAAGAAAGCUACAGCAAAAUCCAAUGUUUCCCCUACUCAAGGUGCAGCUGAAGUUGCAGCAGCACCAGCCUCUGAAAAUAGGAGCAAUUUAAGGAUGCCAAGAUCUAUACCCAGUCCUUCUAUUUCCUCUACCCAGAACAACACCUCCCAAGCUUCAGGAACACCACACAAACUAGAAACCAGAUCCAGAAGUCUCCUUUUAGAACCAAAACCUGUACUAAUCAAACAAGGCACAUUCACCAAGGAAAACACAAAGAUACCCAAUGCUCCCAAUAUUGGUGAUAGUAAAGCAAGAGGACGAGCAACUCCACCAGUAGAUAAGCAGGCGAAAACAGCAGGUGCCACACCCAAAGGAAAUAAUAAGAAGACUACCAAUGGGAGCCCACCACAGAGAGACAGUCCACCUGAACCUUGGUCGAAAGCACUUGGAUCAUUUAAUUUUGUUGUAGACCACUCCAUUGACCCUAAAGUUGACUCUCCUUACAAACAAACCCCAGUACAGAAAACUGGCAGCCAGUCUACAACAACAACAGCAGCUGCAAGGAGGGGAAGCAGUGGGUCUAACAGAAACAACAGCAACUCCAACCUCAAUAAAGGCAGCAGUGGUAGCCUGGUUAAAACAGGGAGUGGUGCAUCUUUGAAUAAAAGCAAUGGCUCUAUUCACCGUACCAACAGUGGAUCUCAAAUAAGUCGACCCAGCUCUAGUAAUUUGACAAAAGCAAACAGCAAUUUAAAGAAAUCAGAUAGCAGUGCAAGUUUAAAGAAAGGUGGCGCUGCUGCCAGGUCUUCUACCCCAACUGGGAGGACCACACCCACAGGUCGUGUCACCCCCACUGGGCGCCGUACCCCACAGAACCCUGGGCCAAGCACACCAAGUAAAGGUACCCCUGGGAAGACCACACCAGGCACCCCAGGAAAAGGCACUUCCACACAAUCUGGUAAAGGGGCUUUGGGUUCCACACAGGCCAGUAAGGGCACGCCUGGGAAAAAGCAAGCCACAAGUAAGAUUUCCAGUCUUUGGAAAAAGGACAAAGAUGGCAGCAGCAGCAACGAUGUAAAGUCCAAUGCACAAGGGGAUGCCAAUGUUAACACUCCACAAAAACCUGGUCAGGAUAGAAAAUCAUCUUUGCCAGGUAAAAGUGGUAGUGGACAGAAGCCAUCAGGCAAACCACCAACUGGCAGGAAGAACUCUCCUAGUGGAAGUCAGAACAGCAGUCCCAGAGAGGGCCUUAGCAAGAGUUCAACCUAUGAUAAACUGUCAGACAUUGCUUCUUCUGAACAAAAGGUGGAGCCACAAGCUCCUGCAAACCCCAAACCUUCUGGUGGAGGCUGGAGAAGGGAACCAGUAAGGUCAGAGGAAAGUUCUGCAGCAGCUGCACCAAAACCAGCUCAGACCGCAACCAGCAAUGACAACACAACUAAAGCUGCUGCAGAUGACAUUUGGAUUAUGAGAGAUGAUGUUAUCAAGAGUGACAGCCAAGAUGUACAAAAGGCAAUUGAAACAACUACUACAAAUAAAAAGCAAACCACAGCUGUAAGCUCCAAGUUGACAGGGAGUACGCAGUCAUUGAAGAGCACACAGUCAUUGAAGCUGGCCUCAAAAAGUUCCCCAUCAAGUGAGGGAUUAAAUAAAAACUUGUCCAGCAGCACUAGUCUCAGCCAGAAGUCUUCUAGUAACAGUUUGACCAAUGCAUCGUCUGGUUCUAGUAGCACUACCAGUCUUAGCCAGACCACCUCUUCCACUGGUAACACCCACCAACAAACUGGACCAAAACUGGACAAAGUUAAGAAUGAAAUCCCUCAGCGAGAGGCAACCCAAACGUCUUCUUGUCCACAAAGUCCAUCAAGAAUGGUCACUCCACUUAGCCCAAGCAAGCAGGCCAACCCAGGCGUGCAAUCUGCCAUAGUACCGCCUUUUAAUUACAAGCCCAAAGGACAAAAAACUGAUGUCAGUUCUUCCAACACAAUUACAUCAGAUGUAAAGACCUCAGACGUUGUUGUCAAAAAUGGAAUUAACCAAUCCCAAAGUAGCUCAAACUCACCAAGCAUUACUCGACACAUGACAAAGACUGAAAUGUUAUUAGCAAGAAGAAGGAAUUUAAAUGGUACAGUCAAGUCUUCCAGCGGUGAGGAAGACAACAGAGGGGGGUGUAAGGUCACAACUGUGUAAAAAAGAAAGAAAAAAAAGAAAGGAACAUUAAAUAAGUAAGAAAAAGGUCACAAUGAUAUCAAGUUCUUGCUUUUGCCUGAAACUGAUGAAUAUAGUGUCUUUAUUGGUGGCCUACUUAGCUUAUGUAUAAUUCUGAUCUUAUAACAGCUGACUGGUCAGUUGUGCAUGUUAAAUGAUGUUUGGUAUGUUUCUGUAAUUCAGUUGAAAGAUGUAGUCAAAUAUUUGGUAUGUUCUCUACUGCUCCAAAAUGUAUGCUGUGCAGAUAAAGAAUAUUGUGCCUUGAUAAUGUGUUCAGCAUCUGAUCAUGUACAGUUAUUCAAAUUGUGAGAUAUUUGCAUGAAAAUUAUGAUUGGAUAAUGAAAAUUGUUGACAACUUGAUUUCUACAGAAAGUCUACAGUUUUAAAAGAAAUGUUUAGGUAAUGUCUAUGGAUAUUGCAGUAAAGAAAUACGUAUUUACAUGGUCACAAUUUUUGUGUUGACAAUUAAUGUAAUGUAAUUUUGAAAACAAUACUCUGUGAACUUAAUUUGUAGCCUAUAGAUGUACCAAAGUGAGGGACGUGCAAUGCUGUGAAUGCUCUGGGUCUAACAUACAGUGGACUUAAAUGGUUCCAUUUAGAUUAUUUGUGAACCAGCAACUAGUGAUUUACCAGAAAUCAAUUUUGAGAGGGCUUCAGGAUUGAAUGAUAUUAUUUUAUAAUCUGAUAAGUUUUUUGCCUUUCUCUUGUAAAAAAUUCAGUGAUGGCAUCUUUGUUGUUCUUCCUAUUCUAGUAAAUGUAUCCAGAGAUAUUUAAAGAAGUUCUUGUUUACAUGAAAAUGAAAGAAGUGCUUCCAUCAUGUUUUCAGAUGAUUUUAAAGUAAUUUUACAAAAAUAAAGUACCACCAGAAAAUACCAGCUUAGCAACCCUCAUUUGUGAGUGUAAUUAUGACCAAUUAAUUAGAAACCACUAGGUAGCUGUAAUAUUGUGGAAAUACUAAAAAUACACAAAAGAAUGAUGCCAUGCAAUGUAUAUUUAAUUCCUGCUUUUUCCCCCCUUUGAAUUCACACAACU